ACUCCCCAGUCCUCGCCGAUAUACAAGGAGGCCACCCCACCCCUACCAGAAGCAGUCUAAACUCCAACCAAACCCAUCGACAUCUUCCUAAACCAAUCAACCCCGCACCUGAUCCUCCAGUGCUGUCUGCCACUACAGCGUCCGUGAAACUGUGUGCAAGCUCUCGCUGCUAGCUCGAUCCGUUGGGUGUGGCAUGAGCCCCGGGAACAAGUUGAGGUGGCUGUGGAGGGCGCCGGUGCGGGCGCUGGGCCGCGCACGGGACUACUACGUGCGGAGCAUCACGGGCUGCUCCCGCUACGUGCCGGCCGACGCCGCCUUCGGCGCCUACCCGGUGCACGUGCCCGUGGCGCUACCCAGGAGCCGCAGCUGCGGCGCCGGCGAGGACGACCUCCGGGACCUCAUCCGCGCGUCCUCGCAGCGACGCGAACGCGACGACCAGCAGCGGCAGGUCGUCCAGGCCGUGGCCAGGAGCCAGAGCACGGCGGUGGGGCGCUCCAUGGCGCCGAUCGACGAGGACGCGCCGUGCGAGUUCGGUGGCGGCGGCGUGGGCGGACUCUACUCCAGGAACCAGAGCUACGCCGGCGGCGCAGCCGGGAGGCCUCGGUUCCACAAGAAGGAAGCCGUCUUGGGCUGAGCUAGCUGCCGGCUCCUCCUAGCUAGAGACUGUGCGAUCAUGUUACCAUUCUUCUUUGCUCCUCCGGCCGAUCCCUUCAAAACUAGGAUUUUCUUUGCGCUUGUGAAUUGUUAUAUUGUGAUCCAAAUUCAGAUACUAAAGGGAGGCUAACUUCUGACUACGCUACGCUUCGGUCCGCCCGCGGUACGGAUCGUUACCACCGUCUAUAUAUUUUUUUCCCUGUAAGCCGCCGCUAG